GCUGUCCGGAGAACUUUGUCGGACGAGCUCGUGCCCCCCCCCCCUCCCCACCGCUUGCUUCCCCAAGAUUGCGGGGUGAGGCUGAACCACUCUCUGGGGUAGUUCUGGGGAGGAUACAUAUAUCCAGUACUUCAACAUGCAAUAUAGUUCAAUGCCCAUUUCCAAUUUAUUUCAUAAAAUACCUUUGAAACAUCUCUAUUACACUAUCAGCAUGCAGUCUGUCAAGAAAACAGAUGAAGAGAUAAUCGCAAUCCACCUGGAGGAUAUCCACUCCAUUUCAGAUGGCGAUGAAUCCUAUGUCGGUAUCGAUGUGGGAAUGGAACGAAGGAUGGUCCGCAAGAUAGACUCCAAGCUUCUACCCAUAUCCGCGGUCAUCCACCUUCUUUGCUAUCUGGAUAAAUCCAACAUUGAUAAGUUCAUCAUUUUCGCUACGGUCAAAUGGCGCUCUGCUAAUGUUUUUGAAUGCGUCAAGGCAACGCAAAGAUUCUGGAUUCGAGCACGAAAGAUGACGUGCAGACGACGAGCAAUAUGUCUAAUUACGAGUUCACUAUUGCACUCAUUCGAUAUUUGGGAUGCCCAGUAACCUGGCAUUAAAAGCCUUCGCUCCUCGCAAGUAUUUCCUCUCUGACAAGAUUACUCAUUGACGUUUGGGGAGCGGACCUUGUCAAUGGAAGAGAAUGUGAGCGGAAUUGUCAUGUUUUUGACACCUCUCUAUGUGGUGUUAUCUACGUGGAGACGAGCUGUGGGCGCUAGAUGGAAAGACGAAGGCGCGGAACCCCAUGAGAGGUAGG